CGAUGACUCUAUAACUCUUCAACCAAUUUGAAUUUUACCUCUUGUCCCGCGCGAGUACUUAUUGACACUUCAACCUUGGUACUCCGAAUCUGAUUUCAUUGUUCAAUACUCCGUAUUUACUUACAUUUCACACCUUAAUUUCCUCACAACAAUUCCGUGGUUCGAUAUGCCUACCGCAACUGCCAAAGUGUCUGGCAAAGUCAUUGCCUCCGCCGACACUUACGAGACGGUAGAGGGCAAUGUCUACUUCCCACCGAGUGCCAUUGACAAGUCGCUCUUCACUAACUCGGAUACUCAAUCUUUCUGCCCCUGGAAGGGAACCGCCAGCUACUAUGAUCUGACCGUGAAUGGCAAAACGUUGAAGGAUGCUGCGUGGUUUUAUCCAACUCCCAAGGACAAGGCGAAGAAUAUCAAAGAUCAUGUCGCUUUUUAUAAAAGCAAAGUUGAUGUCUCGGUUGCCUGAGUGGUCCAGAUGACAUGCGAACACGUUUCUCGAGGAAGUCAUCGUCAGUCAAAUAUGAUCGUCAAUAUUCGAACAUUGAUAAAAUGUCAUGAUCCUUGUUGAUUCCGCUUGGCAAGAAUACGAAAUACUACAAAUGUCUAUAUCUACGUCCCGGACAAACUAUUUGAAGCGAAGGUGUUGUCGUGCUGAUCACUGAUUAUCUCGAUCUACGCACUCUACUGUACCGACAACGGAGGUCUCCUCAUGGGGCUCAGUAUCUGUACAGUGUAUGGCUUCCCGAAUGAGCACCAACUUUGCCUCUGCCUCUGGUUUCUGAAUUGAGAAGUGGUCAUUCGCUCACGACCUAUCCCAGUCCCAUAGCGUUUGAAAGACUCGCGUGUGAUAUGACAAUAUUUGAGCUCUUUCGAUCCAUUUCACUAUGGGCUCCAUUUGCACAGCAUUAUGGUACGUUGCUAAAGCCGG